ACAGCUUUCCUUGUUACUCUCUUUGUUCUGCCUGACAAUGUCGGAAGAGGUCUGGUAUUCAAUUCCUGAGGAAAGGGAGAAGGGUUCUCUUGUGGGAAAUCUUGCCAAGGAUUUGGGUCUGAUUAAGAGAGACCUGGUGAAGAGGAAGCUCCGUAUUGUUUCUGCAGCUAAUGCUCAGUUCUUUACUGUGAAUGAGGAACAUGGAGACUUCUAUGUAAGAGACCAAAUAGAUCGAGAAGCCAUCUGUGGGAAAUCACCACAUUGUGUCCUUAACUUUGAAACUGUGGUUGAAAACCCUCUAAAUGUUUUUCAUAUAAGCAUCACCAUAGAGGAUAUUAAUGAUAAUGCACCACAAUUUUUAAAAGAUGAUAUCAAGCUAGAAAUAAGUGAAUCUAGCUUGACUGGAGCCAUAUUCCCCCUUGAAAGUGCUGAAGAUCCUGACGUUGGGAUAAAUUCUCUGCAAAAUUACCAGCUGAGCAGUAAUCAGUACUUCACCUUGGAAGUUAAAGAAAGUCCAGAUGGAAAUAAAUACCCUAUUUUAGUGCAAAGCAAACCUCUGGAUCGGGAAAGUGAGCACAGCCUCCACUUGAUCCUUACAGGCCUGGAUGGUGGAGAACCAAGAAAAACUGGAACAGCCCAGAUAUGGAUUAAUAUCACUGAUGCCAAUGACAACCCACCUGUUUUCACUGAAGAAGUGUAUAAACUCAGCCUAAAAGAGAGCGCACCAAAAGGAUCGUUAGUGAUCCAGGUGAAAGCCACUGAUGCAGAUGAAGGUCCAAAUGCACAGAUAAGAUACAGUUUUAGCAAUAUCCCAGCUAAAGCAAGACAGAAAUUCAGCCUGGAUCCCGAAAGCGGAGCAAUUUUAGUUAAGGAGACUUUAGACUUUGAAGAAUCCAGAAGCUAUAUGAUGUUAGUAGAAGCUAAAGAUGGUGGUGGACUACUGGCACAUUGUAAAGUCGAGAUUGAUGUUCUGGAUGAGAAUGACAAUGCUCCAGAGAUUUUGCUAACAUCUGUGUUUAGUCCAGUUCCUGAAGACUCCCUACCAGGAACUGUGAUAGCUUUGAUCAACGUGGAUGAUAGAGAUGAAGGAGAAAAUGGGAAGGUUACUUGCCACAUACAAUAUAAUUUGCCUUUUAAAAUUAUGUCUUCAUCUACCAGUUACUACAAGCUACUUACAGAGAGCCCCCUAGACAGAGAAAAAGCUUCAGGAUACAACAUCACAAUAAUGGCCACCGACAAAGGGAGCCCCCCUCUCUCCUCCAACAAAACCAUCUCCCUGCAGAUUUCAGACAUCAAUGACAACCCCCCUGCCUUUGAAAAAUCAACCUACAGUGUCUUUGUGCCUGAAAACAAUCCCUCAGGUGCCUCCAUUUUUGCUAUCAAAGCCUCGGACCCGGAUCUGGACCGCAACUCACGUAUCACUUACUCCAUCCUCCAGAGCAACAUGGAGGAGCUGCCUCUCUCCUCUUACGUCUCCAUCAACUCUGAGACGGGAACUAUCUAUGCACAGCGCUCCUUUGACUAUGAGCAAUUCAGGGAGUUUCAGAUCCAAGUGAAGGCCCAAGAUGGCGGCUCUCCCUCUCUCAGCAACAACGCCACCGUGUGGGUGUACAUUUUGGAUCAGAACGAUAACAGCCCUCGCGUUCUGUAUCCUUUCCCGGGCGCUGAGGGCUCUGCCUUGUUUGAGAUGGUUCCUCACUCGGCAGAGCCAGGCUACCUAGUGACCAAAGUGGUGGCUGUGGACGCGGACUCUGGGCACAAUGCCUGGCUCUCCUACCAAGUGGUACAGGCCACGGAGCCGGCCCUCUUCACCAUUGGGACCCACACGGGAGAGAUCAGGACGUCACGAGCCCUUCUGGAGAAAGAUGCUGUGAAACAGAAGCUGGUCAUCUUGGUGAAGGACAAUGGGAAGGCUCCGCUCUCAACUACUGUGGUCCUCAACCUCGUGGUUGCCGAGAACUUCCAAGAGGCACUUCCGGAAAUGAGCAAACCAGCCACUGACUCGAAGUAUCAGUCUGAUAUGAAUGCCAUUUUAGUUAUAGCCUUGGCUUUGGUCUCAUUCUUAUUCCUUUUUACAGUCUUAACAGUUUUAAUACUUAAAUGUCGGAGACAGAGAAGCCCAACAGUGCUUGGAUCCUACAAUACUGAUUUAUACUCUAGCUUGGGACACAAAUUUUCCUGCAACUACAAUAAUGGGACACUGACAUUGCCCUAUUCAUAUGAAGUGUGCUUAGGGUCUAAGGCAGACCGGAAUGAGUUUGCCUUUCUGAAACCAAACCACUCGGUGGCCACAGAUGAUCCCAUUCCGAAGGACGAUUCUGGAAUUGGGAAUGAAUCUCUGGGUGAAAAUCUCAUCCCUGAUAACAGUAUACAGCCCGGCGAUGCUGGCGGCGAAGCAGCGCGAAGUGGGACGCCGCCGCUGCCGCCGCGAGUUGAGCGCCAGCAACAGACGGAGCGCAGUCCCGCCGCCGGAGCGCCGAGCAAUGCCCGACCCCCAAAGUCCGCGCGAAGCGAGCCUGGACCGGGCAGGGUCGCGGCAGCAUGGAAGGGACGGCUGAAAACUUUUAGAGGGACCUCCCCGCCGCUCCCGCAAAAAGAAAGAAACUUUGCGAGGCCGGGAGCCGCUCCUCCUCGGGAGAUGAGAGGCGCCGCGGGAAGGAGCCGGCCGAGAGCGCGAUGGCUGCCCGUCGUGGGGUUCUGGCUGUGGCUGGGCGUCUCGGAGCGAGCGCUCGCCGCCACGCGCUACUCCAUCCCGGAGGAGAUGCCCAGGGGCUCUUCGGUGGGCAACGUGGUGGGCGACCUGGGCCUGGAUCUCGCCCAGCUGCCCGCGAGGAACCUCCGCGUGGUGUCGGGGGGCGGACGAAAGUACUUCGAGGUGGACCUGGGCAGCGGGAAGUUGCUGGUGAGCGAGCGCAUCGACCGCGAGGAACUUUGCGGGGCCCUCUCGCCGUGCGCGCUGAGCCUGGAGGUGGUGGCCGAGAGCCCGCUGGUGCUGUACGGCGUGACCGUGGAGAUCCGGGACGUCAACGACAACGACCCGGCUUUCCAGAGCAAGCAAAUGAAGCUGGAGAUCAGCGAGUCGGUGACCCCCGGAGCGCGUUUCCCCUUGGAGAGCGCGCAGGACCCCGAUGUGGGAAGCAACUCUCUGCAGACCUACCAGCUCAGCGCCAACCCGCACUUCGUGCUGGACGUGCAGACGCGAGGCGACGGGACGAAGUAUGCGGAGCUGGUGCUGGAGAAAGAGCUGGACAGGGAGCAGCAGCGGGAAGUGCAGCUGGUUCUCACGGCGCUGGAUGGAGGGACCCCACCCAGAUCGGCCAGCUUGCAGGUGCUGGUUGACGUCCUGGAUGCAAAUGACAACGCCCCCGUCUUCAACCAGUCCAUCUACAGAGCCAGCGUGAAAGAAGACACACCCUUGAACACCCUGGUUGUCCAAACCAGAGCUUUCGACCUGGAUGAAGGCCCCAAUGGGGAGAUUGUGUACUCUUUCAGCAGUCACACCCCUGCCAGAGUCCGACAGCUCUUUGCCCUAGACUCUGCCACUGGAGAACUGAGGCUCAAGGGGUUGCUGGAUUUUGAAGAAGCCAAAUUUUAUGAGAUUUAUAUACAGGCAAAAGAUAAGGGUUCAAAUCCUGCCGUUGCUCAUUGCAAAGUGCUGGUAGAGAUUGUGGAUGUGAACGACAACACCCCAGAAAUAACAGUGACAUCGGUGUACAGCCCAGUACCAGAAGACGCUGCUCCAGGGACUGUGAUUGCUUUGCUGAGUGUCACGGAUCAGGACUCUGGUGAUAAUGGCCUAGUAAAUUGCUUUAUACCUUCUGGGAUCCCUUUUGCCCUCAGCUCUUCCCUUAAAAACUAUUAUACCUUACAGACCAAAGGACCCUUGGACAGGGAACUUGUCUCUGAGUACAACAUCACCAUCACCGCUCAGGAUGCAGGCACACCUUCACUCAUGGCAGAAAAGCAAAUACUGGUUAAAGUAUCUGAUGUAAAUGACAACCCUCCUAAAUUUCCACAAUCCUCCUAUGAUGUGUACGUGGAGGAAAACAACCUUCCAGGGACCCUGAUCUUUAACAUCAGUGCCUCUGACCCGGAUCUGAACCGGAAUUCCCACCUUUCCUACUCCAUCCUGGAUAGUCACAUGUCCUCGGGAGACUUGGCGGGCAGGUAUUUUUCUAUUAACCGGGAAAAUGGCAGUAUAUAUGUCCUAGUCCCCUUGGACCAUGAGGGCACCAUGGAGUUCAGGCUAGGGGUGCAGGUUCGUGAUGCCGGCCUCCCGCCCCUUGCCACUAACAUCACUGUCAAUGUUUUUGUCACAGAUCAGAAUGACAAUGCACCCAGGCUCUUAUACCCAAACUCAAACAACAGUUCUUCGCUCUCAGAAGUAAUCUCACCCACGGUCAGCCCUGGUUACAUGGUCACAAAAAUUGUGGCCUGGGAUGCAGAUUCCGGUUACAAUGCCUGGCUCUCGUAUUCCUUCCUUCAGGUCACUGACCCAGGGCUGUUCACUGUGGGGCUGCAUUCUGGGGAGAUAACCACAGCUCGCUCUCUGCAAGAGGAAGAUUCUCGCAAGCAAACAUUGCUCAUCUUAAUAAAAGACAAUGGGGAGCCUGCCUUGUCCUCCACAGUGACCCUCGCUGUAAAUGUAGCAGAGACAUCUAGGGAGACACUGACAGACUUGACUGCUGUGUCCACUACACCCCAAACCAAGAAGCACUUGACUUUCUAUUUAAUCAUUGCUGUCAUCUUGAUCUCGGUGGCCUUCUUUGUCACUGUGGUUGGGGUGGGGAUUUAUAAAUUUUACAAGUGGAGGCAAUCCAAGGAUAUAUUCAAAGCUUCCAGAAGCUCCCUUUAUAGAACCCCGGGGCCUUUCAACCACAUAGACACUGUGCGGAGUGGAUUUACUCCUCCAAACUUCUACCAGCAGGUCCUUACCACGGACUCUCGCCAGAGUGAACUUCUGUACAAAAUGCCCUUUGCUCCCAGCCCUAUGGGGAGCCGCCAGAGCACUAUCACAAGAUGUGACCCUGCAAUAUAUAACCAGCUAAUAAGUACAAAUAAGAGGCUUCGGGUGUCCUCUGAGCAAGCACAACCUAACACAGACUGGCGUUUCUCUCAGGCCCAGAGACCAGGAACCAGUGGGUCUCAGAAUGGGGAUGAGAAUGGGACUUGGCCAAACAACCAGUUUGAUACAGAAAUGCUUCAAGCCAUGAUUCUUGCAUCAGCAAAUGAAGCCGCUGCCGCUGCAGCUGCAAAUCCUGAUGGAAACUCUACUCUGGGAGGAGGAGCAACAGCAGCAGCAGGCACAAUGGGCCUCAGCACCAGGUAUGGCCCCCAGUUCACCCUGCAGCACGUCCCUGACUACAGACAGAACGUGUACAUCCCUGGCAGCACAGCCACUCUCUCCAACUCUGCAGCCAAGCGCGAUGGGAAACCUGCAGCCUCUGGAGGUGGAAACAAGAAGAAGUCAGGGAAGAAGGAGAAGAAGUAAGAUUCGCAGGAUGACAUCGCUGCCACCUUAGAUCUAAAGGGCAGACUCUUCCAGCAUUCCCCCAAUUCAUAGCCUAGGAUGGAGGAUGAAUGUGAAUUUGUGGUUAACAAGUUUUUAAAAAUGAAAAAAAAAGUGUGGAACAUUGCGAAUGUACAUUGCUGUCAUCAGAGCUUAGGAGAAAGUCUCCUACUGUUAGUCCUCCUGAUGUAAAAGUAUCUGGAAACAAAACAAAAAAAGCCCUGUGGAUAGUGAUGAAUAUAGCUUAUACUCUCGUGCAGAUGAUCUAAUAUGCAAGGGUGUCAGAUCUUUGGAAUAUUUCUCUCUCCCAUUGCUUUGCUCCAGAGUGAUCUGCACAACAUACAAGGCUUAGGGUGGGCCCCUGUCCAUUGUAAAUAAUUCUUCUAAACAGGGGUUUUGAUUUAUACAUUUUUUCCAUUCAAAGAACAUUCUCACUUCCCCCAAAUUUUGAUGAGUGCUUUCUGUCCCCACAAAAAAUAUCUCAGUUGGAAUCCUUGUUAUGAAAUGGACGAGGGGGUGCUUUAGUUUCUGCUUUUUUAAAUUUUAAAACAGUGUUCAUCCUGCAUUAUUAGAAGGGAAUGAGUUUCAACAGCAAUUUUUAAAAGUUAACCAACGAUGGUUGAAAAAAAAUAAAACUGAAAUGGUUAUACCUAAGAGGCAUUGCGCACAAACACAUUGCUGUGAGAAGCCUCCCAGAGGCAGAAAAUGGAUCUCACAUGGUAGGAAGAUGGAGAUUUCUGCCUGUCUCGGUUGAUUUACAGUGGCCUCUGAAGAGAGAAUACAUCUCAUCUACACUUUGAUCCAUAAAUAUUUAUGUGUACAGUAAUUGUUUUCUGGAAUAAGUUUAAGGAAGUCAAAGUCAAUCGCUUGUGUGUGAGUAUAGUGAGCAGCUGCUGCUCCUCCUUUAAGCACUGAAAUAGCUCUGUUAGUUCCACAGGCAGGCGCCUUCUGUCAGUGAAUGGGCUCUGGUGGCCUUGUAGGUAGAGAAUUAAAACAAAAAAUGGAAUGCUUCAUAUUUUCCGCACAUCGAGCUGCAUGCAAAACAUUCACUUCACGUCUACGGUAGGCCAGCUGCCGCCUCCCAACCUAGAGUAGAGAAGUCAUUGCAUGCCAUAUACAGCAUGGUGUAAAUAUGCUGUGAAGUGCCCACAUCCUGGUGGAACCUGAGCAUUGUCUGUCUGUGAGUAGAGUUCAGUAACAAGAUGCAUUGCCCUGGAUCAGAGCAGUAGGGAAGUUUCCACAUGCCUAGGCAGCACAGCCAAGGAAGGCCCUUGGUUCGCUGGCCUUCUUCACGGGCUGAUAUUAAGCGAACAACAGUUGGUCUGAGGACCCAUGGGGCCAGGCACAGAUCAGGGAUGCCGGAGCUGGAGAUGGGCAGGGAUUUCUGAUACCAAGCCCCCCAAGGCCAAGUUCUGAACGUUAGAGAAGUGAGUAACCAUUGGUGCACUGAAGGUCCUUGGGACCUCUGCUAUCACCCCCUACUUGGAUAUAAAUCCACUGGAUUUAAAGUGAAUAAUCAUAGAUCCCUUUGCUGUGUUUCGAAAUGACUUGUUUUAGGGUUUUUAGCCACAUUGUUUCAUAGCCUAGUAUGGAGAGGAAGUGAGUGUUUCCUGCUCCCUGUGCAUUUUAUCGGCUUGUGUUCUCAUCCCUUUCCUCGUUCAAGCGCAGCACAGACUAGAAGGGAGCUUCAGCGUGCUGCUGGCAAACUCAGGUUGCCUUACUAUAGAGGCACUGACCGGGUUCCCUUCCAAUUUCAGCCGAGGACAGAGAAGAGGCAUAUUUCCAACAUGGAGGGCUAAUCACUAGGCCAGAAAUAUAAUGCUCUUUCUUAAACCUUUGAUAAGGAGCUUGUCUGAGGUGGUCUGGCCUUCUAGGAUCACAUCGGGUUAAACAUCUGACGACUUUUCAAAACAUUGCGGACCAAUCUCAUUGGCUGUGUAGUAUUGCACUGCUAGAGAGCGUACAGUAUCUGCUGCCUCGUGUCUAGAAAGCGGGACUUGUCUGUGGGAAGAAACCAGUCGACGUAUGAUUUUUGUACUGAUCCCAGUCACCCACCCCCACCCCACCCCUUGUGUUUGGUGACUGCACUAGAAACAGUUUACAUAGUUAGUUAAAAACCACCAAUCCAUUGGGAAGUUCUCCUGCACAAGCUCGGCUGAAAUCAUCAGAAGCCACACAAGGGCAUGGCAUUUCUGUCCUGCAGCUUCUCUCCAUCUUAACGGGGCUGGUGCAGGUGAGCUUCCCCACAGGAUUGUGCCUGGGGCUUAUUAUGUACUGAAGUAGUUAUUAUGUGACUCUUCUCAAAGUACUGUAGAUUAAUCUUAGUAAUUCUCUUUUUCCUUUUAAUCAAUAAGCUGAAAGUAGUGUCGUAGUGCUGAAUACCUAGUGAUGUGUAGGUUUCUUUCUUCUUUUUUAAUCUUAGUAAUUGAGUUGUGGACAUCAGUAUUUUUUUUUUAUUCCUUCGUAUCUUCUUUACGUGUGCUCUUUGUGCUUUUAAAUGUAUGUGAAUUGAAACACACUCACUGUCCUUUCAAUGUGUCUAAUAUUGAACUAUACUUAUAUAUUAUAUAUAUGCUUAUAUCCUUCUUAUAUCCAUAUAGACUGACGUCAAUGUGUUACACGCAAGUUUUAUACUCUUAAUAUUUAUAUUGCUCUUUUUUUCUUUGGGGAAAAUAAUAAAAUCUUUUCUGCUGA